AUGGCUUCCAAACAGGAACAACUUCAACAAUUAAAGAGGGCGCGUGGUUUGGCAAGAGCGCACGUAACCAAGAAAAUUAAUAGAAUUAGAGGAUUAAUGAACAAUCCAGAUAAUUUAUCAACCAUAAAAGAUCUUUUAAACGAGUUGCCUAAUGUUCUAUAUGAAUUCCAAAGGGCGCACAAUGCCUACCAUUCUCAAAUUUGUGACGAAAAUGAGCUGCAUGGUUCCGAACAAUAUGGUAAAGCUGUCGAGUUAUCAGUGAAAGAGCUCGAGCAUGAAAUCGACUCCUUAGUAAAACAAGUGCAACUAAACAUUGAAAGAUCCUUUAAAGGUCAACAUGUUUCAGAAACUCAGAUACGCAUCCAACCAGAGGACUCUAUCAGUAACGUAAGUUCCCGCGUGUCGUCUCGUUCAAACUCAAUGUGUAGUUCAACAAGAAGCACUAGUAGUGCGAAAGCGAAGGCAGCAGCGAAAAAGGCAGCCUUAGAAGCCCAAGCAGAAACUCUGCGGCGUCUACAUCAGCUUGAAAUAGAAGAGCUAGUCCUGAAACAACGCAAACAGGAGCUACAAUUGAGUGGAGAAAUUGCCGCAGCCGGAGCCGAACAAUCCGUGUACGAGCAAGUCGAAGCCGAAGAGCUUAGAGAAUUUGAUCCUGAUCCGAAAUCAGACACUCAAACUGUCCCUGUCUCUAACCAACAUCGAGGAGGGUCGAAGGAAAAUGCUCCGAAGGUUAAUGCGAUGUACGAGUUCCCCAACACUCCAAUAAAUACAACUUCUACCCCAUGUGACGAAUCGUUCAGACGAAUUGUAGAGAUGCAAGAUCGACAGAGCAAUGCUCUUCAACUCCUUAUCCAUCAACAACAGCAGGGAGUUAUGACCCUCACCCUACCUCAACCAAGCAUGUCUAUCUUCAGUGGGAAUCCCAUCGACUACUGCGAUUUCAUUCGCUCCUUCGAACAUCUGAUUGAAUCCAAAACCACCAGCCCAAGUGCACGACUUUACUACCUCAUCCAACAUACCAGUGGUUCCGUACAAGAACUCAUGAGAAGCUGUCUCUCCAUGCACGAAGAUAAGGGAUAUGCAGAAGCUAGAAAGCUGCUGAAGGAACGAUACGGGCAGAACUACCGGAUAGCGGCAGCUCAUGUUCAACGACUGAUCGAGGGCCCGCCUAUUAAGAAUGAAGACGGGACCGCCUUGCAGCAAUUCUCGGUGCAAUUAACGAGUUGCACGAACACAUUGGAAAAGAUCGGAUAUCUGGACAAGCUGAACAACUCCGAUAACCUAAAGAAAAUAAUCGACCGUCUGCCCUACGCGAUGAGAGUUAGAUGGCGAGACACCGUUGAUCGGAUUAUAGAGAAGGAAGCUCGAGACGUCAAAGUAAAGGACGUUAACGAAUUCGUCACCGCUAAGGCCAGAGCUGCAACCCAUCCCGUUUUCGGAAAGAUUGCCAUUGACAAGUCGAAAAUAAUUCCAAGGCAAAACCAGAGAUUACAGCAACAUGGGAAGGCCUCGGGAUUUUCAGUCCAAUCCACCACGCAACCCCCCAAAUGUUCUCAGUGUGGAUCGAAUCAUUGGUUAUCUCGUUGCGAUAAAUUUAGAAAACAGUCUCUUGAAGACAGACAGAAGUUCGUCAGAGAGAAGAAGCUAUGUAUCAACUGCUUGUCAACCGGUCACUUUGUGCGAUCGUGUUCGAAGGAAAGUUUCUGCAAGGUCGAAGGGUGUACAAGUAAGCAUUCAACCUUUCUCCACCCGAAAACGAAACAACCCAUAAAUAGCGGCAAGGAGGAGCCCAAACAAGACAAGCAAGUCCCAGUAAAGCAAGGUCCCGAAGGUGAUCAAGCUAAUUCAGCUAACAACGGCUACGUCAAGUCUAACCCUACUACGAGUUCCUCGACCACAGGACUCGCAAUCGUCCCUGUUCAAGUCAAGGCGAAAGGGAGCUCGAAAACUGUGGAAACAUACGCAUUCCUCGACUCGGGUUCAAACACUACCUUCUGCACGGACGGUCUGCUCAAGAAACUCGGGACUAACGGUAAGAAAUUAACUACAAUGGAAGGCGAAAAUGCGGCGGUAGAAUGUUCCAUAGUCAGCCUGGAUAUUGCCAAUCUCGAAGGUAAUUGCGAUAUUAAGCUACCCACAGUGUAUUCCAGAAACAGUUUGCCGGUCCCUAAGGAAGCAAUUGGCAAGCAAGAAGAU